AUGCAACUAAGGUCCCCCACCGGUUCAGAUUCAUGUGGCUCCAAUCUAAACAGCCACAUCUUCAAAGAACUCUUUCCGUCACACAAAAAUAUCCUCCAACCCACCCUCUCCUCACGCGCUCUUCCCUUCUCAUUCCACCACGCACCAAUCUCCACCAAUUAAACCCUCACGUCCACUCCACGCACUCUCAAAUCUCACCUUCCACAAACAUUCACACACCACACUAAAUUCACUCCAACUUUUCCGGUUCAAAAACAAACCCAAAAAAAACCAGAAAAAAAACCCAUACGGAACUCGUUACUAUAAACACACACCUGCAUUACACCAACCAAAAAAAAAACCUACCAUUUUUUUUUCUUCUUCUUCUUCUUCUUCUUUCAGUCAAGUAAAAACGACGACGUUUUUUGAAUGACCGGGAAAAUGGCGGAAACGGUGGAGCUUCAGAACGAAGAAGAACUUUCUUUGCUGUCAAUUUCCGAUAAUGGUGACCGGUCAUGGCGGUUAAACUUCGAGUCUUUUCAGUUAUCUUCUGAACAUACGGAAAAGACACCCAAGCCCUCUCCUGGUAUCCAUGACUGUUACGGUGUUCUUGGUCAAGAAGAUAAUAUUGCUGAAUACUAUCAGCAGCAGGUUGAAGUGCUUGAGGGCUUUACUGAAAUGGAUGCCUUAGCAGAGCGUGGUUUUAUUCCUGGAAUGUCUAAGGAGGAACGAGACAAGUUAGCUAAGAGUGAGACAUUUGCUAUCAGAAUAUCAAACAUAGCAAACAUGGUUCUUUUUGCUGCCAAAGUUUAUGCUUCAGUCAGAAGUGGUUCCCUAGCCAUCAUUGCAUCGACUUUAGACUCUCUUUUGGACCUCCUUUCUGGAUUCAUCUUAUGGUUCACUGCAUUUUCCAUGCAAACACCAAACCCAUAUCAGUACCCUAUCGGAAAGAAGCGGAUGCAACCUUUGGGAAUUCUUGUUUUUGCCUCUGUCAUGGCGACUCUGGGACUACAAAUAAUUUUGGAGUCUCUCCGCACAUUAAUAUACUCUGAUAAUACCUUCAACUUGACCAAGGAACAAGAGCGCUGGGUUGUGGGUAUUAUGCUUUCAGUAACUUUGGUGAAAUUCGUGCUGAUGAUUUAUUGCCGCUCUUUUACUAAUGAGAUUGUUAAGGCUUAUGCUCAGGAUCACUUUUUUGAUGUGAUCACUAAUGUCAUUGGCCUCAUUGCUGCACUUUUGGCUAAUUAUUUUGAUGAUUGGAUGGAUCCUGUCGGUGCCAUCAUUUUGGCUUUGUACACGAUUCGCACAUGGUCAAUGACUGUGUUGGAAAACGUUAAUUCCCUAGUUGGAAAAUCAGCUGCACCAGAGUAUCUUCAGAAACUUACAUACCUCUGCUGGAACCACCACAAGGCUGUAAGGCACAUUGACACCGUCCGGGCUUACACAUUUGGGUCUCACUACUUUGUUGAGGUUGAUAUCGUCCUUCCAGCUGACAUGCCUUUACAAGAGGCUCAUGAUAUUGGGGAAUCAUUGCAAGAGAAGCUUGAACUUUUGCCAGAGAUCGAGCGUGCUUUUGUUCAUCUUGAUUAUGAGUUCAGUCACAAACCUGAGCAUGCACAAGCACAUUCUUAGAAUCAAUAUGGAAAAGCAAUGCCAACUUGUGCAUUUCAUUUGCACUUUUCGCCUCGUGUCUCGGAUGUAAAUGUGAACCAUUUUAGGUAGAUAUAAAUCUGUGUACUUAAAUACUUAGUAAUUAGUAACUGACAAGUUAAUGAGAGCUGUAGAAAUGGAUUUGGGAUGUGUUGUGAAGCCUGUUAUGUAAGGAAAUUCACUCUAUUUCUCGUACUUAGUAACUAAAGUUCCGGGUGUUA